GGUCUCCAUAGAAACCUCCACCUGUUUCCGGUUAGCCUGGACGAGAUUAGGGGCUGCUGCGGGGGCCAAUCUCCGCCAGCUCGCCUUUUCCCGGCGGUCCCUGCGGGCGCGGUGGGUGUUGUACACAAUCAUCAUGGCGGCGGCCGGGGCCCCGGAUGGCAUGGAGGAGCCUGGCAUGGACACGGAGGCCGAGACCGUGGCGGCCGAGGCGCCCGCGCGGCCCCUCAACUGCGUGGAGGCCGAAGCCGCGGCGGGGGCGGCGGCCGAGGACGCCUGUGCCGCGCGAGGCAGCCUGCAGCCGGCCCCGGCCCAGCCCCCUGGGGACCCCGCGGCGCAGGCCUCGGUCAGCAAUGGCGAGGACGCGGGCGGCGGCGGCGCGGCCAGGGAGCUGGUGGACCUGAAGAUCAUCUGGAACAAGACGAAGCACGACGUGAAGUUCCCCCUGGACAGUACAGGCUCCGAGCUGAAACAGAAGAUUCACUCGAUUACAGGUCUCCCGCCAGCCAUGCAGAAAGUCAUGUAUAAGGGACUAGUCCCCGAGGAUAAGACGUUGAGGGAAAUAAAGGUGACCAGCGGAGCCAAGAUCAUGGUGGUUGGUUCCACGAUAAAUGAUGUUUUAGCAGUAAACACGCCCAAAGACUCUGCACAGCAGGACGCCAAGGCCGAAGAGAACAAGAAGGAGCCGCUGUGCAGGCAGAAACAACACAGGAAAGUGUUGGACAAAGGGAAACCUGAAGACGUGAUGCCGUCUGUUAAGGGGGCCCAGGAGCGCCUGCCCACAGUCCCCUUGUCUGGCAUGUACAAUAAAUCUGGGGGGAAAGUGAGACUCACCUUUAAGCUAGAACAAGACCAGCUGUGGAUCGGCACUAAAGAGCGGACCGAGAAGCUACCCAUGGGCUCCAUUAAAAACGUGGUCAGUGAACCCAUCGAAGGGCACGAGGACUACCACAUGAUGGCGUUUCAGUUGGGCCCCACGGAAGCCUCUUACUACUGGGUGUACUGGGUUCCAACUCAAUAUGUGGAUGCAAUCAAAGACACUGUGCUGGGGAAGUGGCAGUAUUUUUGAAAGCACUUUCACCUCUGGCCCAGGAGACUGACCCACAGUGAAGGACAUUGCUGGGAGAGGCCUGCAGCACCCCCGGAUUUCAGAGUUCUGGAACUUUGUUCACACACAAUCUAUACCCAAUCUAAGGUGAUGUGGUGACCGAAGCCAGAGGUGAUGUUCUUUCACCCGUAGCUUAAUCCUAACUUAAAAUCACCGGUUCCCUUUCUUGCAGUCAGCUUCACACCAUUUUAAAGUCAGUACAGUGGAAACCAAUAAAUCUGAACUCGGAAAGUGUCGUGUGGAAUACUCUUAAGUGUAUUUGAGAGUAGAUCUGCCAAGGUUUUGUUUAGAAAGGAAUGGUCAAAAGCUUUCUGCUUUUUUUAAAAAGUGAUUUCAACAAAUAUUUUCAUAAAUCUUUGGUUGCAAACAUUUGGACUGUGUUUUGAUGAGUUGGGGGGUUUUAUUUCUUUUUCAUAUAAAAUUUUAUGCAAAGUGGGAGGGUUGGUAAGCCAUAUUUUUCUGUCCAUUGACUCAGAUUUAAUUCUUUCCCUUUGUAUUUUCUCACUUCCUGGAUAGGAGUUUUUGUUUUGAAAACCCAAAGAUGUCAGUUCCUCCUUUUGUACCUCAUCACCGCUUCCUUUCCUGGCCUUCCGCCGCUGCUGCUCGCGAACGCACGCGGGAGGGGCGCGGCAGGCCUUGGUCAGGGAGCUCUCACGUGCUGGUGUCUGGUGAGCAGCAGAGUAGCUCUCAGAGACUCUUGUCCAAACACCUUGGCCUUUGGGCACCGAUCUCUGGGGCGGUCAUUGCCGCACUGAGGGUUGCCUGCAGCCCUCACUGCGUGGGUUCUGACGCCCAGCUGGCGUGAGCGUGCCUAGCUGUGCUGCUCCAGGACCCGCAGUCCCAGCCGGCACAGCCUCUCCCAGGAGGUGCCGGGGGAGACCGUUCUACAGCCACGUAGCCACAGACCCACUUGGGAAGUUUCAGGCAUCUUAAGCCGCCCCGUGGUCAUUUCAGUUGUGCUUCUCCGUUGGUUCCUUCGCUCAUGCGUUGUGUUCAAGUUCUUCCUCCCUCGUUCAAAGAUGCUGCCUUCUCAACAAGCGGACAUCUGACCUCGUGGGUGGGCGAUGUGUUGCAACAGCAAAUACGGGGUAAAUUGCUUCUGUGAUGAGCUCGCCCUCGUCUGGUUAGCCCUUAUGUUCUUUGUACCCGUGAACCCUGUUGUCUCCUUGUGGCUUGGCUGGCCGAGUGAGGACAGUCUCCUGCGAGGGCAUCCCUGUGCUGUGCUGUUCCUCUGCCGCCCUUGCAGUCCUCCGCGCCGCUGCAGGCUCUCGGCAGGGCUUGGCCAGAGAGUUUCCAAACCUGCAGUGGAUUCCAGGCUGUUCGUCCUUGUUGUGUGAACUGUAUUAGCAUGUGUGAGCCAGUGAACGGUGAUCUGCACCCUUCCCUCCAAACUGUAGUUGAGGAAUCCAGCCGGCAAAGACAGGCCGUGCUGCUCACGCUGGAGCCCUUUCCCAGGGCGCGUUCGGGCAGAAGUACCUCGGUGAAGGGUAGUGUCCAAGAAGCCGGCAGUGACUGACGGCAGCUCUGUCCUGCCGCCUGCGCUCCUGCAGGCCCAGCCUCGGGGCAGGCCGGCCUCGGCUCGGCCUGUGGGCCAGUGCCCCUGUCCUGGCGGCUUGUCCCCGCAGGGCCACACGCCUUCUCUGGAAGCAGCGUCCUCGUCCCCAGACUGGCCUCACCCUGCUGCUCUCGGGCCCUUCCCGCCAGGUCUGCGUUGACCCUGUUCGUUUGGCUACGCGCCAGCUGCCCUCCCUUCGUCCCAGGGUCAGCCUGUCCCAUCUCUCCCUGCUCCCCACGGGCCAAACCGCUUCGCACUCAGGCUGGUGUCAUUUCCAGACAGGACCACAGCCUGUGAGCCUUUUUAUUUUCGGUAAAAUGGUGCUUUCCCCCUUAUUUGAAAUGCUGUGUAUUAACAAUAACGUACUGACAUCUUCGUCGGAGUGUUUGAUGGGCUCACUGACUGCCGGAACAAUCAUGGAGAUCUUGUGGGGAGCCCUCGGAGCGCAGAGGUGACGGGCCAGAACCCCUGGGGAGGUGUUGGAUGUGGAUCCGAGUGUGGGUCCCAGCAGUAUUGCAGUCUUGUCACUCGGUCCCGGGAGCAGUCUCUGCGUUUGUUUCCUUACGGCCCAGAGUGUGCCGAGACCGUCUGUCCGCAGCUGCUCUCCCUGCAGAGGCCUCACAGUGUUACUGUGCGGCAGGGCGGUUUCUGUGCAGUUCCUCCUGCCAGAUGGACCAGCUCUUUCUCUGGGUCCUGACUGUCCCUCCCGGUGGCACAGGGCGUGCGGGUGGACCGAGGAAGAGCUGGCUCCGAGCAGGCUGCAGGUGCAGGAGCAGGCGGGCAUGGCUUGUGGUCCGAGCGGCGCGUCCCUCGGCCUCCUGGCUGCUCUCCCUGCGGACUUCGUGCCGGGCCUCCUGCAGGUGGUGGCUCACUGGUGCCAUGCCUUUCGUUCCCUCCCGGAGGCCCCUUGGCAACUAAAGACGGAGGAAUGGCUGCUGAGGGCAGGCCGCUCAGUCAGCCUGAGCAGAGAACUUAGACUUGUGAAUCCUGAACUCUUCGAUGUUAAGUUUCUGUGCUUUUUUUUUGCGUGUGUAUUUUAAUUGCUGAUGGGCCUUCUGCAAGUAGUAUUAGCUCUUCCUUGAUGAGGCCGAACUGAGCUAAGGAUGUCCUUUCCUAUAACUCGUGGACGCAGGAGGCCAGCGAGGCCUCAGGAGUCUCCUUAGUUGCUGCUUUGCCUUCCAAGGGCCAGAGAGACGAACUGCCACGUUGCCACGGCUCUGGAAACUUGUAUUUCCGCCAGAAGGGGCUUGCUCUCCCCUUCUCUCAUUCCCAUGUGCCUGGGAGAGCUCCCGGGCUCCCGCUCUGGCUCCCCUUUCCUUGCGGGGCAGGAAGGGACGGGAUGGACCCUGUGCCGUGGUCUUCUUGCCUCUGUUCUGCUUGUUGUCGUGGGAAAGGUUGGUCCUUUGGUUUAGGGCUUUGUAACAAUGUCAUCUCUGCUUAGGGUUGGCACCUGCUUCCUUCUUAGCAGGGCCUGGUGGCUUCUCUGAAGUUACGGGUGGUCAGGGCCCUCCGGUGCAGAACAUCUGGCCAUUCCCCUCCAGGCCGAGUGGCCUGCUGCUUUCCACAUUUCAAGAACUGCUUUCUUUUUUCUUAAAGAGUUCUCCAGAAUAAAUUGACAAUAUACGUAAGUACCAUGUUUUCUUGUGUAUGCUCUGGUCUGGUUUUUGUUUUUAAUCAAAUGCCUGUUGGGAGGAGAUGAACGUAUUUAGUCUGUUAGAUUUGCGCUGCUGGAUUUUUUAAAAAGUGUAACCUUGACUAGCUGUCUUAUUGUUUAUCCUGUAAGAUUAGCCUAUCAAUUAAAGUUUGAUAAUUAAUUGCG